CGUCACUUCCUGUUGCAAUCCGCCGGCUCCCACCGGAUCAUGACGGCCAGCGUGGAGUCACCUAGACGACGGCCCGGAGUCGGAGUCGGAGUCGUAGUGACUAGCAGCAAGCAUCCUCGGUGUAUCCUUCUGGGAAAGAGGAAAGGGUCAGUUGGAGCUGGCCGAUUCCAACUUCCCGGAGGCCAUUUGGAGUUCGGUGAAACCUGGGAAGAGUGUGCUCAAAGGGAAACCUGGGAAGAAGCAGCUCUUUACCUGAAAAAUGUUCGAUUUGCUUCAGUUGUUAAUUCUUUCCUGGUGGAAGAGAAUUAUCAUUAUGUCACUGUAUUAAUGAAAGGAGAGGUGGACACUACUCAUGAUCCAGAACCAAAGAAUGUAGAGCCUGAAAAAAAUGAAAGUUGGCAAUGGGUUCCAUGGGAAGAGUUUCCUCCAUUAGACCAGCUUUUCUGGGCAUUACGCUGUUUAAAAGAACAAGGUUAUGAUCCCUUUAAAGAAGAUUUGGGUCACCUGGUAGGCUACAAAGGGAAUCAUCUUUAGGUCAACACGAUUUCUUUUUACAAAAUAAGAUCUUGUUAGAGAAUGAAAAAUAUCUACCUUUCAGAACUUUUCGUUUAAAAUGUUCCAUACAACACCAGUUUAUUUGCCAGUCUCCUAGUAUACCCACCACCCUUUCAGCCAGUGUUUGUGGUAAAUUUUCAGGAAUUCUGUUGUAUGAGUGUUAUGUAUUACACAGAAAAUGUGAUAAAUGGUGAUACUGUGUGUAAUCUUCCUAAUUUCUCUGCUAUUGACUAUACAGUGCUAUUACCAGCUUGCCUGAAAUAGCAGGCAGUACAAUUUUUUUUCAUUUUUCAUUUUUUCUUUAUUGUGAUAUAACAGUGUUUUACAAAAUUACAAAAAGAUGUCAGGGGCCUAUUCUCACACCCAGGGUGUGCCUAAGUCUCCACACCCUCUCUCUAAGCUCUGUGUGCCCCCCAUUCCCAGUAUUCACCAUAGUUCUCCCAGUCAGACAGUAAAGGUUUUUUUUUUUUUUAAAUGUUUUUCAUGCAUUAGAGUUUGUUUAUUAUUUUAGGUCAGAUAUAGGUCUUAAUUAAAGUGCUAACACCAUAUUCCUGUUGUGGAAUUUAUCAAGGUUGUUGAUUUUCCUCUGUCUUAUUAAUUUUUUUUAUUAAAAUAUAACAGUCCAUGCAAUUAGGCAAAUAGAAAAUUCUGAAUUUCUCCAUUUCUGUGAGGUCCAUCAUCCAUGUGUUAAAUGAGAUUAGUCUAGGGCAGGUGUUUUCAAACCAUUGUCACCAGUGUCAUAGUUCUUGAGACCCAUUUAAGGAAACUUAAGAUUGCAGUUACUUUGGUGAUACUAAGACACUGCCUAUUUUACUGUCAUUCUGUCAUGAGUGCAGUUUUCCUGAGGUUAUGUAACAUUGAUACUAGGACAGAUUAAAUACAAAAGUAGGUAUGAUAAUUCAUGUCUAUUGGAAGUAUUAAAGAAAUUUGCAAAGAUUACAAACAAUACCACUAUCUUGUGGGGUUUUUAUAUAUAUCACACAGGGUACCAUGAUCUCCACCUGCAGUGGGAAAAAUUUCACAAGUGUUAGAAAAGUACUGCAGGUGCCUCUCUUUUCUUAGCUCUCACCCUCUAUCAAAACAGAAAGAAAAAGUUAAAAAAAAAAAAAAAGGCCACCAGCAGUGGUGGAGUUGUAUAGGCACUGAGUCUCAGUGAUAACUGGUGGUAAAAUAAGUUAUUUCUGUUAAUACGUUUUCAUUAUUUGCAAAUGAAUUAAUAAAAAUUCUUACAACA